AUGUCAUUGAGGCAGCCGUACAGAGACGGUGACACAAAUCGACUAAGAGGUGCCAAUGGGUUGAACAUUUACAACACUCGUCAUCGAAGCGAAGAAAAAAGAGAAACACGAACCUUACUCACCAACUGGGGUGAUGAGUCUGAUGACGCGACAGAGGACGCGGUUUAUAUAUUCGAACUGCGAUCACAUUUGGCGCGCCUGCUAUCGGCAUCGUCCUUGACACUCGCCAGCAAGCUCAAGAGAACACCGCCAAAAAUGUCUGCCCAAAUCAGUAAAAAGAGAAAGUUUGUGGCCGAUGGCGUUUUCCGCGCCGAACUCAAUGAAUUCUUCACCCGCGAGCUGGCUGAGGAGGGCUACUCUGGUUGCGAUGUCCGUGUGACACACGCUCGCACUGAGAUCAUCAUCCGUGCUACGCAUACCCAAGAGGUCCUUGGAGAAAAGGGCCGUCGCAUCCGUGAACUCACUUCUCUCGUCCAAAAGCGCUUCAAGUUCCCCGAGAACUCUCUGGAGCUCUACGCAGAGAAGGUUCAAUACCGUGGUCUCUCUGCCAUCGCUCAAUGUGAGAGCUUGAGGUACAAGCUCCUUGGUGGUCUUGCCGUUCGUCGCGCAUGCUACGGUGUCCUUCGUUUCGUCAUGGAGUCCGGUGCUAAGGGUUGCGAGGUUAUCGUUUCUGGCAAACUCCGUGCGGCUCGUGCCAAAUCCAUGAAGUUCACCGACGGCUUUAUGAUCCACUCCGGUCAACCCGCUCGCGACUUCGUCGACUAUGCCGUGCGCCAUGUCCUCCUUCGCCAGGGUGUACUUGGCAUCAAGGUUAAAAUCAUGAAGGGAUGGGAUCCUGAAGGUCAGCUCGGACCUCGCAAGCCUCUGCCUGACUCCGUCCAAAUCCUCGAACCUCCCGUCGACAAAAUCGUAUCGGAGCCAUCAUCGGAGCAACGUGAACCAGCGGCCGUCCCUGUCGCCGCUCCCGCUGAGGAGCCGUACGUUGCGCAGGAGACAUACCAGGCGGAGACAUACGUCGAGCAGCCCGUAUUCUGA